AUGAGUGGUUUACUUCGAGAUGGAGAAGAAGCGUUCGUAGACCGUGAGGCAGAUAAACUGGUUAACGAUAUUAUUCCAGGUGGCAGUGGUUUAGUUGGUGGUACUGUUCAAACUGGUGCUGAUCAAUUUGUGAAUAAUGAAAUUAAUAAUAGUCUAUUCGGUGGUGGACUUGGAAGUAAUGGAAAUGGUGGUGGUGGAAUAUUUUAA